CCGGCAUUGCUUCCGCGGUCGAAGCGUCAGCAAACCAGCUAGCCGCCGUGUUAGCAACUCCCAAAGAUGGCGAACGUGGUGUUGGAGUACAAGGCGUCAGCCGGCGACUCUGACCCGCAGACGCGCCCGAUUCUGAUUGUCGGACAGCAUUCGAACCUGCAGCAAGUGGACUGGGGCCAAGUAAAAGGAAAACUCAAGCCGGUUGUCAGUGAAGAGAUCUGGCAGGCGGCACUCAACACUUUGAGCCCCAAACCCACAGACAACUGCCCUCUGUACCUCAACUAUGCGGCGGUGGCUGCGCUUCCUUCUCGGGUCAGCCGGCACAACAGCCCAUCUUCUGCCAACUUCAUCUCCCGCCUUGUGCGUUCCUGCCUGCCUGGAGGCAACAACCGCUGCAUCCUGAUGGUGUGUGAACGCUCAGACGUGUUUGCGUCAGCCUGCGCCAUUUCCCGAGCGUUCCCCAUCUUCUCUCGUCGUUCCACAUCUUCCCGCAAGGCAGAGAAGAAGCACGUUGUCGUGGAGUUUGUGAUUGUCGGCCAGGACAGCAACCCUCUAGAUGAAGCCGAGCUUGAGUGUCUCUCCAACGCUGCAGACGGAGUGCGACUGGCCGCUCGCAUCGUAGACACGCCGUGUAACGAGAUGAACACGGACCACUUCCUAAAUGAAAUCAAAGCAGUGGGUAGUCAACUCGGAAUAGCACCCGUCAUCAUUCAGGGAGAGGAACUGAAAGAAAAAGGCUUUGGAGGUAUUUACGGGGUUGGCAAGGCGGCUGAGCAUCCUCCUGCAUUAGCCAUCUUGAGCCACACACCAGAGGGCGCCACCCAAACCAUCGCAUGGGUGGGCAAAGGUAUCGUGUACGACACUGGAGGACUCAGCAUCAAGGGGAAGACCACAAUGCCAGGCAUGAAGAGGGACUGCGGCGGGGCGGCCGCCAUAUUGGGAGCUUUUCAAGCCACCAUCAAACAGGGCUUCAAGGACAACCUGCACGCCGUCUUCUGCCUGGCAGAGAACGCAGUGGGACCUACGGCCACACGGCCCGAUGACAUCCACACUCUCUACUCUGGAAAGACGGUGGAGAUCAACAACACGGACGCGGAGGGAAGGCUGGUGCUGGCUGAUGGUGUGGUGUACGCCAGCAAAGACCUGUCAGCUGACAUCAUCGUGGACAUGGCCACUCUCACUGGUGCUCAGGGUAUCUCCACCGGCAAGCACCACGCAGCCAUCAUGACCAACAGCGAGCCCUGGGAGAUGGCGUGUGUGCGUGCCGGACGCAGCAGCGGCGACCUGGCCCACCCUCUGGUCUACUGUCCCGAGCUGCACUUCAGCGAGUUCGCCUCCGCCAUCGCCGACAUGAAGAACUCCGUGGCGGACCGAGAGAACGCUCAGAGUUCCUGCGCCGGUCUUUUCAUCGUCUCCCACUUGGGCUUCGACUGGCCCGGUGUUUGGGUCCAUGUUGACAUCGCCUCUCCAGUCCAUGUGGGCGAGCGAGCCACAGGCUUUGGUGUGGCUUUGCUGCUGGCCUUGUUUGGUCAGGCCUCUGAUGACUCCAUGUUGAAUGGUGUGUCUCCUCUGGGUGCUGCCAGCGGUGCGUCAGAAGAGCAAAUGGAGAGGGACUGCAAAAGGAGAAGAUUGGUGUAGAAGUCAAGUUGUGGACCACAUGAAGCAAUUAGAAAGUGCAUCAACCUUCUGAAAUAAAAGAAAUGCAAAUGCA